GAAGAAAACCAGGCAAUCCUAAGGACUCACGAGGAACAUGCGAAAUUGAACGGUCACUCCAUGCACGUUUUGAACAGAAAGAUCAUGCACGGCAUGUGGUCCAAGCUGUCCUACAUGCUCAUGCUAGUUCUGAGUGAGCUUGUGAAGCCCGAAGAAAAGCGCAUGAAAUGGCUCUUCUGGUUCGACCUCGACAUUGUUGUCAUGAAUCCCAAUGUGCCCCUGGACAUAUUUCUGCCACCAGAGGAGGGAUUUUCGCAUAUCAACGUUGUACUCACAAAUGACCAUCACGGCUUGAACACUGGAUCCUUCUUUCUGCGGGUCAAUGAGUGGGCCGUGGACUACUUAGUGGACACCAUCGCGCUUCAUGGAUACAAACCAGAUUUGAAGCUCAAGUACAGCGAUCAGUCUGCUCAAGAGGUCGUCACCCUGGAUAACAAAUAUGUCAACAACACAAUAUACGUUCCGCAGAGAUGGUUCAACGCAUAUCGUGGUCCCCGCAACGAUCGGGAGCUACUGAUUAAGAACGCAAAAGUUCCGGAGAAUACCAUCAAGGCCGGUGAUCUGCAAUUGCACUUUGCAGGCAAAAAAGUGAAGCAUCUUAUUCCUACCUACUUGGCCAUAGCUGCGAACAACAGCAUGGGCUGGCGGAUGCCCCUGCGUGAGACCAGACUACCAGCGGAGAUCGCACUGUUUUGG